AUGUUGAGGGCUAAACUACAUAAACUUCUUGCUUUUAUGUGCUUGUGGUUGUGGUGGAGUGCUUGUAUUUAUGUUGAUGCAGCAGGUGACAGUUUAAAGGCCGGCGAUACAAUGAAUUUCUCUUCAGCACUACAUUCUAAGAGUCGCAAAUAUUUUCUAGAGUUUUAUUUGCUAGGGAAGUCAUCUAAUUAUUAUUUGGGAAUACAAAAAGCAUAUGACAAUUUUAUAGUUUGGACAGGUAACAGAGAAGAAUCUAUCUACCAGACUGAUGCAGUUCUAUCACUAAACUUCUCUGGCGUGCUGAAAAUAGAAUCUCAAAUAGAUAAGAAACGAAUUAUCCUUUAUUCUCCUCCUCAACCUAUCAACAACACUAUGGCCACUUUGUUGGACACAGGCAACUUCGUGCUUCAACAAGUUCACCCCAAUGGGACUAACACUCUCUUGUGGCAGAGUUUUGAUUAUCCAACCGACUUUUUGCUCCCCACCAUGAAGUUAGGUGUUAAUCACAAAACAGGCCAUCACUGGUCACUGGUGUCAUGGGUGACCAAUGAGCGUGUGGCUCCAGGUGCCUUCAGUCUUGAAUGGGAACCGGCGGGACAAGAACUGUUCAUAAGGAGACGAGGAAAGGUUUGUUGGCGAAGUGGGAAAUUGAGGAGCAAUAGAUUUGAGCACAUUCCAGAAGAUGCACAACGCGUGUUGAAGUACAGCAUAGUGUCUAACCAGGAUGAAGACUCUUUCUCCUUUACAUCUACAAAUGAAAAUCAUACACGGUGGUGGUGCCUUUCGAGUAAAGGGCAGUUAUCUUACAAUAACGAAGAAGGAUAUGUUGCAAGGGCUGAUCUGUGUUAUGGAUAUAACAACAGUGAUGGAGGGUGCCAAAGAUGGCAGGAAAUACCUAUGUGCAGGAAUCCUGGUGAUGUGUUUACCAAAAAGAUUCUUCACCCCAAUUAUGACGAUGCAAUCUAUGAUCUAAAUUACAAUAUUAGUUACAGUGAUUGUGAGGCCAGUUGCUGGAGCAAUUGUUCUUGCAAUGGAUUCAAAGAAUUCUUUUCUGAUGGAACUGGAUGUAAAUUCUAUCAUUGGAAUUCAUCCGAAAAUUAUACUAUUGACAGUACUGUUUUUGGUGUAGACUUUUACAUACUGGAGAACAUAGGAAACAUAGCCCCGCAUCAUCACGGUAGGUCUAAUGCCAACUUCCUCCUAUUCUAUGCAGGUACAGAAAGGUGGAUAUGGAUAAGUCCAGUAAUAGCAACUGCUGUGAUAAUAUGCGUAUCCAUUCUAUGCCUAGCCAUAAAGAAACGAAAAUAUGUGCAUCAAGAGAAGAAAAGGAAAGAAAUGGUUAUGAAAAUGCAGAAGUCAGAAACUUGUGACGGGUUAUCUCCAAUCAAAGAUUUUGGAAAUGGUUUUAGAAAGGGACACGAUUUAGAAGAGUUCGAUUAUACAUUGGUUGUGACGGCUACAAAUGGAUUUUCAUCUGAAAAUAAGUUAGGACAGGGAGGUUUUGGACCAGUUUAUAAGGGGAUUUUGCCAAUAGGAAAGGAGGUCGCUGUAAAAAGACUCUCAAAAAGUUCUGCGCAAGGAAUUGUGGAGUUUAAGAAUGAACUAACACUUAUAUCUGAACUUCAGCAUAUGAAUCUUGUUCAACUACUUGGUUGUUGCAUUCAUGAAGAAGAGAAGAUUCUAAUUUACGAGUAUAUGGCGAACAAAAGCUUGGAUUUCUAUAUUUUCG